AUGGAUAAAUACAUUAAAAUACGAAAGAUUGGAGAAGGAUCUUUUGGGAAAGCAAUUCUUGUCAAAGCUAAAGAAAAUGGCCAACAGUAUGUUAUUAAAGAAAUAAACAUCUCUAAGAUGUCAAAUAAGGAGAGGGAAGAAUCAAGGAGAGAAGUUGCUGUAUUGGCUAACAUGAAACAUCCAAAUAUUGUCUUGUAUAGGGAGUCAUUUGAAGAAAAUGGCUGUCUCUACAUAGUGAUGGAUUACUGUGAAGGAGGAGACCUAUUUAAAAAAAUAAAUGCCCAGAAAGGAAUCUUAUUCUCUGAAGAUCAGAUUCUGGAUUGGUUUGUACAAAUCUGUUUAGCCCUAAAACACAUACAUGAUAGAAAAAUCUUGCAUCGGGACAUAAAGUCACAGAAUAUAUUUUUAACCAAAGAUGGAACAAUCCAGCUGGGAGAUUUUGGGAUCGCCAGAGUUCUUAACAGUACUGCAGAGUUGGCUCGCACUUGCAUAGGAACACCAUACUACUUGUCACCUGAAAUAUGUCAGAACAAACCUUACAACAAUAAAAGUGAUAUCUGGGCCCUUGGAUGUGUUCUGUAUGAAAUGUGCACACUUAAACAUGCGUUUGAAGCUGGUAAUAUGAAGAACUUGGUACUGAAGAUAAUCUCUGGACCUUUUCCUCCUGUUUCUACACAUUACUCCUAUGACCUGCGUAAUCUGCUGACACAGUUAUUUAAAAGGAAUCCUAGGAAUAGACCAUCGGUGAACUCCAUAUUGGAGAAAAACUUUAUAGCCAAACGGGUUGAAAAAUUUCUUACACCACAGCUUAUUGCAGAAGAAUUCAAUCACAAAAUCUUCCAGAAGUUUGGACCGCAUGCUGCACCAGCUAAAAGACCAGCUCAAGAACAAAUACUGUCUACAGUUGGACCAGCUCAGAAAAUUACCAAACCUGCUGCAAAAUAUGGAGUGCCUUUAGUGAUCAGGAAGUCUUGUGAUGCACCUAAAAAGCCUAAUGAGAAGAAGCCACUGGCUAAAUCUAGACAGGCCUUUCCAACGCCAAUGAAGAAAAUGAAUCCAGGAGAAGAAAGGAGGAAAAUGUUUGAGGAACCUUCAAAAAAGAAAAGGUUAGAAUUGCCUGAAAAAGAAAAGCGCCAGAAAGAUCAGAUGAGUUUACUGAAGGCAGAUGAAAUGAGAAGAUUGGAAAAAGAAAGGAUGGAACGAAUAAACAGAGCCAGGGAACAAGGAUGGAGGAAUGUGCUUGGUUCAGGUGGAAGUGGUGAUGUUAAGGCAUCAUAUUAUGGCGGUGGAGGUGGUGUUGGUCCUUUUCCUGUGUCUUCCAGAGGACAAUAUGAACACUAUCAUGCUAUUUUUGACCAGAUGCAACAGCAGAAGGAAAACAUUAGAGUAGCUGAAGAGAGGGAAGCCAAAUUGAGGGCAAAAGUACAAGGCCGAGAAGCUGUUGAAAGAGGAAUUCCACCUGGAAUACGUCCAGGAGUUCCUAAGGGGCCUGCAGGUCAUCACCAUUUACCUGAUGCUGGUGCAGUUAGGAAAAAAAUGAAAAGAUUGAAGGAGGUGUCUAAACAAGCCAAUGCAAACAGGCAAAAAGGAUGGAUAGCUGCAGAUAGAGCAAAGCAAGUUGAAGAAUUCUGGCAACGAAAGAGAGAAGCCAUGGAAAACAAAGCUCGAGCUGAAGGACACCUGGGUACACUGCAAAACGUGGCAGAUAUCUAUGGAGGCAGGCCCAUUUCUGCAAGAGGAAGGAAAUCCAGAAACAAGGAGGAAGAGGAAUAUUUGGCAAGAUUAAGACAGAUCCGGCUACAAAACUUUAAUGAACGUCAACAGAUUAGAGCAAAACUUCGUGGAGAGAAGAAUGAAGCUGCCAGUUCUGAUGGACAAGAAUCGAGUGAGGAAGCAGAACUGAAACGCAAAAGGAUAGAAGCACAGAAGGCCCAAGCAAAUGCUCGAGCUGCAGUUCUGAAAGAACAGUUAGAGCGAAAGAGAAAGGAAGCAUAUGAAAGAGAGAAAAGAGCCUGGGAAGAACAUCUGAUAGCAAAAGGGGUAAAGAACCCUAAUGUGCCUUUUCAUGUGGGAGCUACAGAGCACAGUCCUGUGCAUGGUCUACAAGAGCUUGGAGCAGCUCUUCCUAAGCCACAAGUUCCAGUGAAGCCUGAUACACCGGUCAUCUCCAUGACUUCUGCUUUGAAGGAAGUGGGUGUGGAUGAAAAUGUAACUGCUAUCCAGGAAGCUGAGGAGGAAAUUAAAAAGCCAGAUUUUGCAAUGCAAAAUAAACGAGAAAUACUGAGAAGAUUAAAUCAAAAUCUUAAAGCUCAAGAAGAUGAGAAAGGAAAAAAGGAGUGUAAAAAUAUCUCUGAAUCAGCUGGGUCUGAAGAUGGUAAGGAACAAGAAGAAGGUGACCAUCCACUUCUAGGAGAUCGCAAAAAAUGGGAAUCUGGGGCAUCUGAGUUGGUAGUUCCUCUAGCUCAGUUAUCAAUGGAAGAUUCUCUCUCGGGAACAGACCGUCAAACUCUGGGGGAAGUAAUUAGGCUGGAUAUUGGUGAACACCACAGGAAAGUCUGGGGCAAAAGCCCUACUGAUUCAGUCCUGAAGAUCCUAGGAGAAGCAGAGUUGCAGCUGCAAACUGACUUACUCGAGGAGCUAGAUGUAAUAAACGGUACUGCAGAACUUCUUGAAGGAGAUCAUCAGUCCUUGAUCAUAAAAGAGGACAAGGAAGAGAAAGCUUUUGCUAUGUCUGGAGCUCAGUCUUCAGUACCCGUUGAUGUCACGGAGUCUGAUAUGACUAUACCAGAAGAAUCUCAAAGAGCUGGACCUACACAGGUGCAGAGUAAACCUAUUAUGCUGGAUGAACCUGAUGAUUUGGAAGCAGAGAUGUUGGAAGAAACAGAAGAUAAAAAGUGCCAGUGUAAGGAGAGUAAGGAAUUUCCCAUCACUGUUAAUGAAGUGUGGAUAAAAGAGAAAGAGGAUAAGGCACAACUUGACAGAAGAAACGAGGCAGCUUCUGAGAAAGCAGUGCUUGACAAGGUGCAGCCGCAAAAGGAAGCUCCAGAAG